AUGUCGGUUAGAAGACCAACGCAUGCUGGCUCGUGGUAUGAAGACGAUAGCACGACAUUGAAAGCCGAGCUGGAUGGAUGGCUUGCGGCUGUUCCACCAGAGAUUGAACAGUUGGGUUCCUUGCCAAUCCCAGGUGCUAGGGUAAUUAUAGGACCACAUGCCGGAUAUGCGUAUUCUGGACCAUGCGCGGCCUGGGCUUACAAGGCACUGGAUCUGUCCAAAGCAAAACGGAUCUUUCUCCUCGGCCCUUCUCAUCACCAUCCCCUCGCAACGGUUGCGUUCCCCGAACUGACGUCCUAUGCAACCCCCGUCUCCAACAAUCCGCUUCCUCUCGACACCGAGACCAUAAAAAAACUCCACUCAUCCUCUUCCGUGUUCGAGACCAUGUCUCGCCGUGUCGAUGAGCGAGAGCACAGCAUGGAGCUCCACCUCCCAUACAUCCACCGCAAAUUGCAAUUAACUUUCCCCGAGCGCCCUGCCUCAGAAUAUCCGCCCCUGGUACCGAUCAUGGUGGGAAAUACCAACGCGGAGACUGAGCAGGCUGUCGGUGCACUUCUCGCUCCGUACUUGGCCGAUGAAUCAAAUGCAUUCAUCAUUAGCUCGGACUUUUGCCAUUGGGGCCAGCGAUUUGGAUAUACAUACUAUGUUCCAGACGCAGCAGAGCAGCAACCAGCAUUACCUUUAUCAUCCAGUCACUUGCCCCAGCCUCCAACAACAACAUCCGAAGCCGAAAGCGCCCUGGCGGCAGUAACCGGCCGAUCUCUGCGCAGUAACCGCGAACUACAGGCAGAGAUUUACGACAGCAUUUCCGCCGUAGAUAUCGCAACUAUGGAAGCCAUAACAACAGGCAGCGCAAAGCAGUUCCUCCAGGUGCUGAAGACCACUGGGAACACGGUUUGCGGCCGCCAUCCAAUCGGAGUGAUCAUGGCCGCUUUGGAAGAGCUCGCCGCUACGACGGGCGCCGAGGUAGGCAAGUUUCACUUUGUCAGGUACGAGAGAAGCUCGGAUCCAGAUGUGCUUUCUGAUAGCUCGGUGAGCUAUGUAUCUGCAGUUGCUGUGGUCUGA